CUUAUUCGAUCAUCUAUCCGAGCGCAUGAUGAUUGCAGCCCUAUAACACAUCUCUUGGGGUUAAUUCGAAACCCAUUCCUCAGUGGUACAAGAGAAGGAGAGAGCUGAGAACUGAGAACUGAGAACUGAGAGAAACUGCGUAGAGAGAGAAACUGUGUGAGAAAGAGAUGGAAGCACAGGCACAGCAACACCAGCAAUGGAUGAUGAGCGCGCAGGCUCAACACCAGCCAUCAACGGCCAUUACAGCAUCUUCUCAAUCGUACCAUCACCCUACCUCUCUCGAAGAAGUACGUACCCUUUGGAUUGGCGAUUUACAAUACUGGAUCGACGACUCCUACCUCCACAACUGCUUUUCUCACACCGGAGAGGUGGUUUCAAUAAAAAUAAUACGUAACAAGAUCACCGGGCAGCCAGAAGGUUAUGGGUUUGUGGAGUUUAAUUCACACGCAGCAGCUGAGAGGAUUCUGCUGACAUACAAUGGGACACAAAUGCCUGGGACUGAACAUACUUUUAGGUUAAAUUGGGCAUCUUUUGGGAUUGGAGAGAGACGUCCUGAUGCUGGGCCUGAGCAUUCUAUUUUUGUUGGGGACUUGGCACCUGAUGUCACGGAUUACUUGUUGCAAGAGACCUUUCGGACUCAUUAUCCAUCUGUUAAAGGUGCCAAGGUUGUAACUGAUGCAACUACUGGACGCUCAAAGGGAUAUGGUUUUGUUAAAUUUGCUGAUGAGACCGAAAGAAACCGUGCCAUGUCUGAAAUGAAUGGUGUCUAUUGUUCGACAAGGCCAAUGCGUAUUAGUGCAGCAACACCGAAGAAAACGACUGGUGGUCAACAGCAAUAUGCAGCAGCUAAAGCCUUAUAUCCAGCUGCAGCUUACGCUCCAGCUCCAGCAGUGCAGACAAUCCCGGUAGACAAUGAUAUUAAUAACACUAUAGUUUAUAUUGGGAAUCUAGAUCCUAACGUCACAGAAGAGGAACUGAGGCCAAUCUUUUUGCAGUUUGGAGAAAUUAUUUAUGUCAAGAUCCCUGCAACUAAAGGAUGUGGUUUUGUGCAGUUUGCAACCAGGACAUCUGCUGAAGAAGCAAUACAAAGGAUGCAGGGAACCGUGAUUGGUCAACAAGCUGUUCGCCUUUCUUGGGGCCGGAGCCCAACGGCUAAACAGGAUGUAUCUGGUGUCUGGGGUCAGCAAGCAGAUCCAAGUCAAUGGAGCAGCGCCUAUUAUGGUUAUGGACAAGGUUAUGAUGCCUAUACUUAUGGGGCUACUCAAGAUCCUUCAUUAUAUGCAUAUGGUGCAUAUGCUGGUUACUUACAGUACCCCCAGCAGGCUGAAGGGGCUCAAGAAAUGGCAGGUGCUGUCCCGGCUGUGGAACAAAGGGAGGAACUGUAUGAUCCCUUGGCUACACCAGAUGUUGACAAGUUAAAUGCCACUUACCUUGCCGUCCAUAGAAGUGCCAUUUUGGGCCGGCCCUUGUGGCGGACAACCUCAUCGCUCUCACAGCAAACUUAGGUUCUUAUGGCAGUACUAUUUUGUGUACUGGUUUCUGAUAUUUUUUCGGUGUUUGAUGCUGUUAGUGGCAAGAAAAUUAAUCAAUUAUAUGCCCAACCUUAUGUAUAGAGCUUUAGAUUAUGUAGUGUUCUACACCAGCGCUGUCUUUGAUGGAUUUAACUUUUUCUUGCUGUGGCAGUCAACGUAUGUAACCAGAUCUGUUCAAAUUAUUCAGUUGGAUUCGUAGUGGAAAUUUUAGAAGGCUUUAGUUCUACCAUGUAAUGUGCUAAUUACAUUUUUAUCGUGCGAUACAUAGUAGGAAAAAAAAAUGCUUGCUUGUAGUUUAUUCAAAGGAGGCCAUAUCUGAGAUGCAUUGUUUUUAUACAUUUACAUUUUGGAAUUCAAA